ACAAGAAUAGCUUCAGCUGUCAUUGUUCAAGAAUUAAAUAAUUCUCAUGAAUCUGUGCAAGCAUUAUUACUGGAAUUGAUUGUUGCAAAGGAACUAAGAAUAGCAAACGUGAGAUACAAUAUUCCAAAACCUUUUUUCCUGAUUAUUGCAGUAUUGCCUCAUGGAUACAAUCGAUUAGCAAUAUCAUCACAGUUGGAAAUCAAGGCUCUCUCAGAAAAGGCCAAUAGAGUGCACGUCAGUAUUGAUAUUAAUCGCUACAUUAGGGAUAUUGUUGUCGGCAUACGCACUCAUCCUCUUGUGAAAGGUGGACUUACUGCUCGAUGCAGCCAGGACCUUGUUAUAGUUUUGAAGUAA